AUGUGUCUGCGCACGUGCCGGGGACAGGGUGACCACGUGCCGGGCACCUGGUAUUCACAUGCCCGGCACGGGGUGUUCCCGAGCCCGGCAAGGGGUGUUAACGUGCUGAGCACGUGGUGUUUACCUGUCAGGCACCGGGUAUCCACGUGCCGGCCCGGGUUGCUCACGUGCCGGGGAUGGGGUGAUCACGUGCCAGGAACCUGGUGUUCACGUGCCGGGCAAAAGGAGAUCACCUGCCGGGCACCAGGUGCUCACGUGCCAGGGACAGGGUGUUCACGUGCCGGGCACCUGGUGUUCACGUGCCGGGCCUGGGGUGCUCACCUGCCGGGAAAGGGGCAACCUGGUGGUCCCCCGUUCCCGGGAGGUCACCAUAUUGAUGCCGAACUCACUGCGGACACCGAUUGGGAUAGUGCACUACAGCCCAGUCCUGGACUCAAGCGAUCCUCCAUCCUCAGCCUCCCGAGUAGCUGGGACUACAGGCGCGCGCCACCACGCCCGGCGCUCUUCAAUAAUUUAAAGAUGUCCCUGGUGGAAAAUUUUUCUGAAUGUUUUAAGUCACCUGAUCUCCAGAUUUCUGACCCCAAGCAUACUGAUUGUGGAUAG